CCACCUGUGUCAACAAUGGUGCUGUCAACGCUCCUACUGUUGUGUGUGUGUUUGCUCUGCAGUGGGUUAUUGCCAUUCGAAGCUGAGCUCCGUCUCUUGAACAUCAUCGAAGGUCUCAAAGGAUACGGUGUGCGGUCAUUCGUAUGCACAGAUGGCAGAGGACAGUCAUUACGUGCGGAAAUAUCCUAUGCAGGCCUGUUGGUACAUCAAGCUGAUUCCAGUCUUCCACUCCAUUCAUGGCGAACAGUGGUAAAGAUCUCACACCGGCGCAAGAAGGUUACGUGCAAGUUUCAAAGAGAAGGAGAUGGACCAACGGUGACACAGUUACACUUCCCAACCAAGAGAGCGGCAAAAGAGGCGUGGAAAUCCUUUCUAGAGCACCAUGAUUUCUUCAGCAUGGAGUUGCCCUCUCCUAAGCCAAAGUUCCUGUCCAGUAUGCUCAGAGGUUCUACAUUUCGCUAUAGUGGAAGAACACAGUAUCAGAUCAAGAGAAUGGAAGAUUUCGAUAUACGCCCCAACAAAUCUAUCAACAGAAUCGGCAGUGUGCGCCGUAGCACUCGCAAGCCACCGCAGCGAUCGGCAAGUUCAGCAAGCAGUAGGCGCACAGACGUUGCCAUAACAGUAGCAAGAAGCCACAGUCUGAGUGGUGUCACGAAAAUAUCCAGCAAUGGAGUCAAGGUGAGUGCAUAGUGGUUCCUUGGAAAC